AGCCCUGGUCGCCUCACGUUUUUUGUAUUGAGCACAAACAACUUGCAAUGACGGAAACAAUCAAGCCAAAUAUAUUAAUUACCGGCACACCCGGCGUUGGUAAAUCGUAUUUGUGCGACCGUCUGGCGGAACAAUUAAAGUUCACCUGGCUGGACUGCUCGAAAAUUGCAAAGGAACUUAAUUUCAUUGAGGAAUACGAUAAGGAAUAUGAUUGUCCCAUACUCGAUGAGGAUAAGCUCAUGGAUCAUCUGGAGCCGCUGAUGGCCAACGGCGGCAACAUUGUCGAAUACCAUGGCUGCGAUUUCUUUCCGGAGCGCUGGUUCCAGGCCGUCUUCGUUGUCAGCUGCGCCAACGACACACUCUACGACAGACUUAAAGAGCGCAACUAUAAUGAGAAAAAGCUAUCGUCCAAUAUAGAAUGCGAAAUCUUUGGCACCAUAUUGGAGGAAGCGCGGGAUUCAUAUAAAAGUGAUAUCAUCUAUGAGAUUAGUGGUGACACCAAAGCGGAUGCCGAAAAAAGCCUAAAUACAGUAAAGAAUUGGUAUAGCAUGUGGAAGCGCAAGUGAAAAUUGACUUAAUAAAUAACAAUUUAUAUUUA